AUGUCCGGCGUCGAAAUGAGUACGAAUGACACAGAAAAGGCGUAUGUCGUACCACCGCUAAGUGUGCAGCAAGAAGACGCUAUCAUUCACACACGGAUUACGAACGACGAGAAGGCUCUCCGUCGAGUGACCAAGAAAUUUCACAACUACACGUCUGUGGCGUACUCUCCCAUUGUUCCACCUUCCUCCCCAACAACUGCAUCUGCCUCUGCCGACGAUGCACGCGAAGCUUUUCUCGUGGAACUGGCAUCAUUCCACUUGUCGCUUAAAAAGAGCCUUAUGGUAUGCGAGGCCGAAGCACGCCAAGUCCAGGAGUAUCAAAGAGAGAGGGAACGAAUAGCUGCAGAACAUGAUCGUCUGCGAGGACAGAUCGAACAACUCAAGACUGAUCUGGAGUACGCUCAGCUGGAACGGAAACGGAAGAUCGAAUACGAUGUGGUUGCUGAAAAAGUGAACACGCUUCCAAGCAGGGAAGAGCUCGAAGAGACAAUAAGGUCGUUGGAAAAUGACAUGGCAGCCAUCCGCGCCGAACAUGACAACCAACAUCGUAACAUUCAAGCCCAGAAGACAGCCCUGGACGUGAUAAUUCACGACCUCAGCACGCUCCGUCUCAUGGGUAAACAGGAUGCCGCAGAAACAUCUCGUCAGGCUACACCCACACCUGAAGCACCCGAGGGCGAGCAAGAAGACGUUGACAUGGACGGCUCAGCGAGUGUUCACACAAGAGAGGAGUCGGGCGAGCUCCAUGAGGACAAGGAGCCUGUUGACAAUGACAAGGAGUCGGACGACGACAUUCCCUUGGCGAAGACGCUUCUGAGCGCAGCUGCGAGGUCAUUUCUACCAGGAAGGUCUCGUACAUCAACUCCGGCGUUGCACGCCUCAACGUCACAUUCCACGCCAGCGGCUUCGCACUCGACCAAGGAAGACGAAGAUGAUAUCGAGAUGGGGGAGUUGGCAGAAGAGCCGACAGGUGCGAAGGUGAAGGUCAGGAAGGCGAGGGAGGAAGAGCUGGAAGAGGGCGAAGCUAGUGACUCAAGCAGCGAGCUGUCCGAGCUGCCUGACGAUUGA